AAAAAAUUAAUAAUAAAUUUUUUGUUUCACAAAUUUAUCUCAAAAUAAUAAUAUAUUAAUUUUUUUUUUUUUUAAAAAAAUAAUAACAAUAAUUAAAUAAAAUGGCAACUAAAGGUUUAAAUAUGGAUGAUUUAGAUCUUUUAUUAGCAGAUUUAGGUAGACCAAAGAGCACCACCAAAUCAAUAACACCAACCAAUUCAGGACCAUCAAGUAUAUCAAAUAAAAAUAGUUAUGAAGCUAACGAUAUCCAAAAUGAAAUUCAAUCAAUUAUUGAAGAGUUAGAUGCCCAACCACAAACUGCCCAAACCAUUAGUACACCAGCACCAAAAUUAGCAACUCCUGUAAAUAAUACUACUACAACUGCCAGUUUUUCAGUAUCCACAUCACACCAACCACAACCACAACCACAAAUUGACGGAAUCGAUGAUUUAGAUGAAUUAAUGGAGUCAUUAAAUACAUCAAUUUCAACAGCACUCAAAGCAGUUCCAUCUACACCAGAAGAACAUAUAGCAUCAUCAAACUCAUCACCAACUUUAACUCGUCAAACCGCUUCACCAGUUAAUAACAACAAUUCAGGUCAAAAAGUUACUUCAACCGCAACUGUUAUUGUUAAAAAACCAUUGGUUCAAUCAAAAGCCUCUUUAGAAAAUACUAAUACACAAAACUCAUCCCCACCACCACAACACAGACCAUUUGCUGCAACUGCAACUGCAACUGCCACUCCAUCAAGCGAGGAUUUAGAUGAGCUUCUUAAAGGUCUCAGCCCAAGCAACAAUAAUACCGUUAAAACUGUUGUUCCACAACCAGUCCCACAAAAUAAUUAUAAUAAUAAUCGUCCAUCAACCUCCACAACCACAGUCACAACUCAAAUUAACAUUGGUAGACAACAACAACCAUCAAACAAUAAUAAUAAUGGCCAACAACCAUCAAAUGGACCAAAGGUUUUACAUGGUGAUGAUUUAGAUAAUUUAUUAACUAAUCUUACCUCACAAGUUAAAGAUAUCGACUCAAGCGGACCAACUGCACGUGGUACUUGUGGUGGUUGUCGUAAACCCAUCUUUGGUGAAACCAUCCAAGCCAUGGGUAAAUUCUAUCACCCAGAACAUUUCUGUUGUCACAAUUGUCAAAACCCACUUGGUACCAGAAACUAUUACGAACAAGAAAGCAUGCCACAUUGCGAAAAAUGUUAUCAAGAAUUAUUCUGUGCCCGUUGUGCUCACUGUGAUGAACCAAUCUCUGAUCGUUGUAUCACUGCUUUAGGUAAAAAAUGGCAUGUACACCACUUUGUUUGUACUCAAUGUUUAAAACCAUUCGAUGGUGGUAACUUCUUUGAACGUGAUGGCCGUCCAUAUUGUGAGGCUGAUUUCUACAGUACUUUUGCCGUCCGUUGUGGUGGUUGCAACCAACCAAUUCGUGGUGAAUGUAUCAAUGCUCUUGGUACUCAAUGGCAUCCAGAACAUUUCGUUUGUCAAUAUUGUCAAAAAUCUUUCACCAACGGUCAAUUCUUUGAAUAUGGUGGUAAACCAUACUGCGAUAUUCAUUAUCAUCAACAAGCUGGCUCAGUUUGCUCAGGUUGUGGUAAAGCUGUUUCUGGACGUUGUGUUGAUGCUCUCGAUAAAAAAUGGCAUCCAGAACAUUUUGUUUGUGCUUUUUGUAUGAACCCAUUAGCUGGUGGAUCAUAUACUGCAAACAACGGUAAGCCAUAUUGCAAAGGUUGCAGCAACAAAUUAUUUGGUUAGUUCAGAUCAUCAAAAAAAAAAACCCAAAAAAAAACCCAAAAAAAAAAAAAAAAAACUAAAAUAAAAUGCUCAAUGUACUAUUUAAAUUUUGAAUAAUAAACCUCAUUUAGUUUUAUCUUU